CGCUACUGUUCGGAUCGUGUACGACUAACCUCCGCUCGUAGUGCGCGAUCAUGGAUGGCUACACGUUGGUUCUGUAAAUACAGUGUGCAGUGAUUUAGUUAUAGUGCAGUGAUGUGCUGGUGAUAGUUCUGCCAAUGGCUAGAUGAGUGCACUGUUGAUUUUAUAGUGAAUAACCCAAGCUUUACCAUGCAUUGGAUAUCUUCUUUGAUCAUCCUGGCUAUCUUCAAUCAAGCCCAGUCGUCUGGAGUGUUCGAACUGCGGCUCAAGUCCUUCGUUAACAAGUUCGGCAAGGACAGUGUUGGCCAGUGUUGUAGUGGUGAGAGGACCGACCCUUGUGCGGGACCGUGCAGGACCAGGUUCAGGAUAUGCCUUAAGCACUACCAAGUCAAGAUUGAUACUACCUCCCCCUGCACGUUUGGUGACGUCAUUACCCCAGUGCUCGGUGAAAAUUCGGUUCAGUUAAGUGAUACCAAGACGGAGGAGUUCAAGAACCCCAUCAGGUUCAACUUUGAUUUCACAUGGCCGGGUACCUUCUCUCUGAUCGUGGAAGCGUGGCAUGACAACAACGACAACACCACUGGAGGCAGCAAGACCCUGAUCUCCAGGCUGACGACUCAGCAGUGGCUGGACGCUGGAGCUGAAUGGCACGAGGAAGAGGACAGAUCAUCACAUUCGUCACUCAGCUACGAGUACAGAGUCCUGUGCGACGAGCAUUACUACGGCUCUGGCUGUGCUAACCUUUGCCGCCCCAGGAACGACCAGUUCGGCCACUACACCUGCUCCCCCCAGGGCCACAGGGUGUGCACCGAGGGUUGGCAAGGCGACUACUGCACAAAACCCAAAUGUGCGCCAGGGUGUGAUGAACAGCACGGACACUGCAACAAGCCCAACGAGUGCAUAUGUCACAAUGGCUGGAAGGGUCCACUCUGCAACCAGUGUGAGAGGUAUCCCGGGUGUCUACACGGAACUUGCCAGAAACCUUGGGACUGUCUGUGUGAGGAAGGAUGGGGAGGGUUGUUCUGCAACCAGGACCUCAACUACUGCACCAACCACAAGCCUUGCAGACAUGGAGGCACCUGCUUCAACACUGGCCAAGGAUCCUACACCUGCAACUGUCCUCCAGGCUUCACUGGCACUGACUGCGAGAAGGAGAUUGACGACUGUGCCCAUCAGCCCUGCAUGAAUGGAGGAACUUGCAAGGACACUGGAUCCGGCUACACCUGCGAGUGUCCAAAAAACUGGCACGGAACCCACUGUGAGACAUCCACACAGACCUGUGAUGACAAGCCCUGCCAAAAUGGUGCAAGAUGUGAGGACACUGCCACCGGUUACCACUGCCACUGCGUUCCUGGCUACACCGGCAUCGACUGCCACCAUCAGAUAGAUGACUGCGCCUCCAACCCUUGCCGCAACGGAGCCACCUGCCGGGAUAAGAUCAAUGGCUACGACUGCACUUGUCCUUCAGGCUUCAGAGGGAAGAAUUGCGAGGUGAACAUAGACGACUGCAAUGGAAACCCUUGUAUGAAUGGUGGCACUUGUAUCGACCUAGUGAACACUUAUAGAUGCCAGUGCGUUCCGGGGUUCCUCGGAAAUCUAUGUGAGAAGAAAGUGGACUAUUGCCUUGCCAAGCCUUGUGCAAACGGUGGGAAAUGCAUGAACUUGGUGAAUGACUACCGUUGCACGUGCAAACCUGGCUUCACCGGUAAAGACUGCAGUAUAGACAUCGACGAGUGCUCUUCCAACCCAUGUCACAACGGAGGUUUGUGUGUCAACCGGGUAAACGGGUACCAGUGCGACUGCCCCGACGGGUGGACCGGGAAGGCUUGUCAAGACGAAGAGACAUCCAGCAUCGGAAACAUUUCGAGGCACAUUUCCCAACCAAUAGAUUCGGGGUUGACCACAGAACAUGUUGUAGUGAUCGCGACUCUCUCUACAGCUGUUCCUGUCCUUGUCAUUAUCGCUGCGGUCGUUGUCGUCUGUAUGAAGCAGAGGAGAAAGCGAGAACAACAGAGAGCGGACGAUGAGGCGAGAAUGCAGAACGAACAGAACGCCGUCCACAGCACCGUGGCCAAGAGAGGAGACACACAUAUGAUCAAGAACACUUGGGGUCCAUGUGUGAAAGACGGGGGAGGGGGAGGACUACCUAGUGAGAACUUGUGUUUCGCCAAACCUGUGGCUGUGGACAAUACUCCAGUGUAUACUCUGCACAGGAGCAGAUCACACAAACAGUUAAACACAGAUGCGUCGGUGCACAGACACAGCAACCGAGCGUCUUGCAAGGAUCUGGACAACCUCGCCAGGUCUACGCAACAAGACAAGAGGAUAUCCGUCCUCUCUGUCGACUCAUCACUCUGCAAUGCAAGUGAUUCCUCGCUACUGAAGCGACCACAUGACAAAGACACCAGUAGUGGGGUGAUGUCGCCCUCGAGUAGUGUCUACGUCAUUGACGAACACUUCCCUCACCAUCCUGACACGCUGCUAGCGACUGAAGUCUAGCUGCUCCGUUCUUAUCUUAGAGACUUUAUUAUUUAUUUAAUUGAUCGGAACUGACUGAAGACGACCCUAGCGGCUGUCGUGUGAUAUGUAUGUGUGCAUCGUCUAUAAUGUACAUAAUAUUUAUUUUGUGAUCGUUACAAAACUAAGUCAAAUACGGACAAAAGAUAUAAAUCGCUCAGUUUUUUUGGGCUGACGACUGAUUUUUACAUUAUCUUGCAUGUCGUUUUACGUAAUUGAAUCCGUAAGGGAGGGUAGGGGAAGAUUUCUCGAGAAAUCUUAAUUUAUUGCGAUGAAAAUGGUUUUGUUUUGACAAACAAAUCGAUAUAAUGUUCCUGUUAUUAUUAUGCUAAGUCAUGGUGGUUUGGGACGGCCGCAUUGGUCAGUUAAGUAACUGGCGACUGCGACGCCCUAAACCUACCUUUGUUGUCAUUUUGUACUUAACGUUAUCAGCUAGUUUAAAUGUAAAGACUUUAACAUUUUGUAUAUUCUGUAUAUUUUCUAGUGUAUUUAUCUUGUAUAUAUUGUCGAUAGUUUUCGUAUGACAAUAUUGUUCCUGAUACUGCUGGUAUUUACCAUUGUUUCAUCGGCUCUCUAAUCUUGUUUUGCAUUAUUGUAGAUUUGAGUUUAAUGAGAUUAACUAGUCUUAAAAGUUUGAAAGAAAAUGGAAUUUUCAAGGCCUCUGAAAGCUGGUUGACCAAUUGAUUAGUUUCUUAGAACAGCUUUCAAGCAUUUUCAAAUGGAUACCCUCUCUUUAUAUUGUCACAGGAAAAUAAAAAAAAAAACUUAGCAACAACAUUUUUCUUUUAUUUUUCCAAAUUUUUUGGACAGGUCAAAGAAAAUUGAUUGUUGAAUGAAUACAAAAUAUUGCAAAUGUUGAUGAAAAAACUAUAAGUACUUAAAAUAUUUUUGAAAUAAAACUAAUGCUUUCUAGGUUUAGUUUUAUUUUGAAUUAUAUUUUUAGUCUUUCUUAUUUGCAAUUUAAUGUAAAAAAAAUCCAUGACAUGUUUUCAUGAGAUUAAAUUAAGUUUAACAUUUGAAAUUCUAUAUUUAAACUUUUCAAGAUGACUUAAAUGCUGGUAAUUUGAAAACUUAGUGGUUAGCUUAAUACUGACAUAAGCAUUAUUUAUUAACUGAAAAUCUGAAUAGUUCUUGACAUAAUUUACAUUUGAUUUUAUAGUUUACAUUGAAAAUAAAAUGUGAUAUCUGUAGUUGAGGAAUAUUUUUAAGACUUGGUUAUAUUUAACCUUUCAUUACCAAGCUAUUGAUCUCUUUUCAAAUUACCAGAAACGAUUCUAACUCUACAAUUAACCUUUAUUAUAAGUUUGAAGCAUCUUUAUUUUUCACCUUUCUGAAGUUGAUAUCCAGUUGUAAGAAAAAACCUUUAAUUUGUAAAAGGAUAGGUAAAUUUUGUUUUGUUUUUCUAAAUAUUAUUAAUUUUAUAUUCCAACUAUUUUGAGAGAUAACCGAAAAAAAGUGUUUUUGAGGAAACCGUUCUUCAAGGUAAUUUUUGUAAAACGGUGACGAAGUAUUGGUAUGGUAUCAAUGUUAUUUAUUAAUCUUUAUUGUUUUGUAUGUAAGGUAUGUUCGAAAUUAUUGUUAAUUUAUUUAAUAUUCCUUUUUGACUUUAUUUUUAUGGUUUGUGACAUAAAUUAUACAAUUCUGUCCAAAGCAAUUUAUAUAAUCAUGUAUAAAUGUAUAAAAUACAUUCAGUGAUGUAAAAAUAGGUUUAAUAAA